AUGAGACGCCACUGGAAUGAUGUCCACAAUGUUAGUGGGCCGAAUGAUUUUGCCUCUCACACGCGCUCAGUGAAGCUUCAGACGUUCUUUCGCGGUACAAAACUCAAGUAUUUCGAGGUCUCGAUUACAAGAGCCGCGGAGUCACAGGGUUCAGAUGAAGGGGAUGGACAUGACAGAAACGACUCUGGUGUGACCGAAGUCCCGUCACUAGCACAGCCAGUGUCACUUUCUGAGUUUUCUCCCGUGGUGGACCUAGAGACAUUGACCUACUUCCAUCAUUUUAUCAUUAAAACGUGUUUGACGCUUCCUCAAGUCGAGGAUUCCCCACUAGCGUCACAAUAUUGGGGGACGUACAUUGUCUUGUUGGGUCUACAACAACGAUGGCUGAUGUGUGGAUUGCUGGCCAUUUCUGCAUACCAUUCAGCCAUGCUUGACGAGACAACAGCACAGAGAAAGCACCGUGAAUGGGCGACAAUGCUCCGUUCCGAAUUCUUGGUCGGGUUCAACGAGAUGACAAACAACAGUUCAAACACUGUGUCCACCGAGACUUUCAAGCAAAUGAGAACGGCCGCAAUUCAAGUGAACGACAUUAUAAGCUGUGCGCGAUGGAGCUUCGCUGGAUUCACUGUGGAUCAAGAGAAUGUCCUAGGUCCUGCCGCAUCCAUACCAUGGCUACAAUCUUUACUAUGUGACGUUAGAGCUUUUGCGUCUUCUCAGUUAGGAAACUCUUUAAAAUUUGAGCAGAGCACGGGCGAUAAUCUUCAAACAUCUUUGGGUACGAAUAGCCCGCGAGGUGCCACCGCAGCACUGACUCCACUACUCAACCGUCUUCAGGUGCUCCCUUAUCGCAUGGCCGAGAUAUUCGGGAAACCAGAUGAUGAACAAGAUGCGCCAGCUGUUCUACUCGGCAUUGCCGCAUUGAUCCAAUGCUGUAACAGCGUCUUCGAGUCCAAUGUUCUAUCAGGGGGUUGGCAAGGUAUAAGCGCAUGGUUAAACAAAACCACCGACCACUUCAAUCAUAUGGUUUCACUUCAAAGCCCAGCCGCCCUCAUUGUGCUUGCCCACUGGGCGGCUACUCUGGUUAAAUGGGCUGAAGUUCAUGAGUGCUGGUUCAUACACGGCUUUUCGGGGGCAAUUGUUUCGCUUAUUCACAAACAUCUUUCUGCAGAUGGUGCAGUUCAAAGUUUAGUUGUAGAUCUGUUGUAG